AUGGGAGAAAACCAGAAAAGACAGCAAAAGCCUCGGAAUGUUCCACAGAUUCCUUGCAUUCGAGUCCCUCCCUCUGCCUCAGACACUUCAUUACUGAAGGACCUGACCCAAGGGCAGCAGCGCUACUUCUACAGCAUCAUGAGGAUUUACAGCUGCAGCCCCCAGUGGGAGGCCCUGCAUACCCGCUACAUUCGCAGCCUUCAGCACCAGCAGCUGCUGGGCUAUAUUACUCAGCGGGAAGUGUUGGCUUGUGCUGCUCUACUGAGAGAUUCAGCCAAGAGAGCCUCAGCUAAAGCAGCCCAUCAAAGAGCCAUCCUGCCCCGGAAGUCUUCGGCCAUGGCAAGGAAAUGGCCGCCAGUACGACCCGUGUCUGUGCUUCGAUCCAGGGCCCAAAGCGCAGGGCUCUGCUGCCCUCAGAAACCAUGGUUUACUUAA